GGAUGGAGCGCUCAACGCCCCCUCAGGUUCUGGAUGAAGACGACCCGGACGUGGACUCGGCUGACGACUCGGUCGCGGUGGACCUUGUGAUUUCUCCCGAGGAUUCGCUGAAGCUUUCCUCGGGAGGAAGCCGUCGGAUCCGCCGCUUCAAACAGGAGUGGCUGAAGAAGUUCUGGUUCCUCCGCUAUUCGCCGACCCUCAACGAGAUGUGGUGCCACGUCUGCCGGCAGUACACCGUGCCGUCGUCCCGGACCUCCGCCUUCAUCGUGGGCUCCAAGCAGUUCAAGAUCCACACCAUCAAGCUGCACAGCCAGAGCAACCUGCAUAAGAAGUGCCUGCAGCUGUACAAGCUGCGCAUGCACCCCGAGAAGACGGAGGAGAUGUGCCGGAACAUGACGCUGCUCUUCAACGCCGCUUAUCACCUGGCCGUGGAGGGCCGGCCCUUCUCAGACCUGCGGCCGCUGGCAGAGCUGCUGAAGAGGUGCGAGCUCAAGGUGGUGGAUCAGUACCUGAACGACGGAGACUGUCAGAUCCUCCUGCACCACAUCGCCCGCGCGCUGAAGGAAGACCUGGCCGAGAAGAUGCGCCUGUCUCCUUUCUUGAGCGUCAUCAUGGACGCCCAGAACGACGACCUGUUCUCGGACAUGGUGGCCGUCUACGUGCAGUUCAUCUCCUACGAGGGCUCCCCGAACACGGAGUUCCUGUCCUUGCAGAGACUUGGAAUGCCCAGUGUGGACGGGUACCUGCAGGCGCUGGACCGGGCCUUUGGCGUGCUCGGCCUCAGGUUCCAGGACAUGCUGGUGGUCGGCCUCGGGGUGGACGGGACCAACAUCUCGGCAGGAACGAGAGCCAGCCUCUAUGUGGCGGUGCAGAAGACCUUCCCCUGGAUCCUGUGCCUUCCCAUCAUGAUCCACCGGCCCCACCUGGAGGUCCUGGACGCUAUCAGUGGGAAGGAGCUCUCCUGCCUGGAGGACCUGGAAACCAACCUGAAGCAGCUCCUCAGCUUCUACCGAUACUCCCCCCGCAUGAUGGCCGAGCUGCGGUCCACCGCUCCAACUCUGUCGGAGGAGACGGAGUUCCUGGGAGACAUCAGAGCCAUUCGGUGGAUUAUCGGAGAACCCAACGUCCUGAACGCGCUCAUCAAAGACUACCUGGAGGUGGUUGCGCACCUGAAGGAGAUCAGUAGCCAGACGCAGAGGGCCGACACCGCGGCCAUCGCCCUCAGCCUGCUCCAGUUCCUCCUGGACUACCAGUCAGUGAAGCUCAUCUACUUCCUCCUGGACAUCAUCGCCGUCCUCUCGCGGUUGGCCUUCACCUUCCAGGGGGAAAACCACUUCCUGGUGUCGCAGGUGGAGGCCAAGAUCGAGGACGCCAUCCUGGAGAUCGGCCAGCUGGUGGACUUCCCCGGAGAGUACCUGCAGGAGUUUGAAGAGAACUUCCGGGAGAGUUUCAACGGUGUCGCUCUGAAGAACCUGCGCGUCGCCGAGUCCAAGUUCCAGUCGAUCCGGGAGAAGAUCUGCAACCGGAGCCAGGGCAUCCUGUCCCAGAGGCUGGACCUGCACAGCCGCCCCUUUGCAAAGGCCAGCAGGGUUCUGGAUCUGAACACCUGGCCGCACAGCCGCGAGGACCUGCAGGCGUACGGGGAGGAGGAGAUCCAGGUGAUACUCGAACACAUGGAGUCCCUCCCCUGCAGAGGUGUGGAGGCACGGGGUAACCUGUUGGGCGAGUGGAAGGACCUGAAAGCAGACUACUUCAGCAUGAACGGCUUCAAGGAGGUUCUGGUUCACGUCUGCAGGUACAGGCAACGCUUCCCUCUCCUGAACCGGGUCCUGCAGGCGGUCCGGGUGCUGCCCGGCUCCACUUCCUGCUGCGAUAAAGGCCGGGCAUCUCUGCAGAAAAUGUGCAAGAACAACCGGUCGCGGCUGAGUCUGGAGCAGAUGAACGACCUGCUGACGGUGGCCGUUAACGGGCCGCCCAUCGCACACUUCGACGGGAAGCGAGCGCUGGACAGCUGGUUCGAGGAGAAGUCCGGCAGCAGCCGCUCUCUGUCGGCCGAGGUGUUGAGCAGGAGGUCUGCCGCGGAGCAGAAGAGCGUCCUGCACAGCGUGGACGUCAACACGGAGUUUUACCCCGACGUCUAACGGUCCGUCUGCAGAUCAGAGAGUCCGGUUGGUUUGACCUGGAGUUCAGAACCCCAAAGAUUUAUGAUAGGAAUGUACAGUAGGGUCUCCAGCUCAUAGAACCUGCUGGAUGCUAACCUGCAUAUGUUGGGACAUUUACACAGUUAGCAUAAGUUGCAUAACUUGGCGCAGGGGGGGUCCAACCUACCACGGCCCAUUUAGAAACGGCCCUCAGAUCAUUCAAAUAGUAUGAUGAAGUAUGGCGCACAAAUUAAACUUGUGCUUGUCAUAUAUUGUACUAAUUAAAUAAAUAUGUAGAAAUAUAUAUAUCAUAGUAUUCAUGUGUUCCCACUUUUAAAAUAAAUGCAAUCAAUUACAGUUGGAAACAUUAUGGAGCCCAAUACCUUAAUGACAUACCAUGAAAUCGAGCCUUUCUACUUCCUGUUUCUAUCAGCGAUCUGAAGCUUCAUUAAGGAAUGAAACUCUCUGGAGAGCCGGGAUGUUUCUUACAGCAUGUUCAAGUAUCAAGCUUCAUUUACCUGCAUUGAUUGAUUUACUAACUGAUGAUAAGGCGGGAAACCUCUAGUGAUCUUCCUGUAUGUGGCCCUCGGAGGACACAGUUGGGCCCCCCUGCCUCAGCGUGUGCAGACAUUAGCUACAUAUUGGCUGAUUUGGACGGUUUUGGGGGUUGGAGGAAUCCCAUUGGCCCAGGGAGACGCUGCCUUCAGGGUCCAACACAGAAACACAGCCUCUCUGCUCCACACUAACACUGUGUGUGUCUCAGCUGCAGGCCGGGGACACUGAGGCUGCAGAGAGACCUGUCACACACACCAUAAUAAAGCACUUGUUAUCAAUGCAAUCAAUCAGCACUUGUUGGCAGAAUGAGAGUUGGUUCUCCGUGGGGAACCGGCAGCGAUGGGGGCGUUCAGAGAUGUGUGUGAAAGGCUUUUUAUACUUCUAUUCAAAGCAGACUCUGUAUGAACUGUAUCAAGUGUAAAUGUGUUUGUAAGGACAGUAUUUUUCUGGUGAUUGAAUGCAGAGCUGAAGGUGCUCUGAAGAGUCCCUGCUCACACACUGAGGAUCUGUGUGACGAUGGCAGAGGACCUUGGUCUCUCUGCGGCCCCUCACCAAGCUGGCCACGUGAAAGGUCAACAACGGUCUAAGAGUUAUAGCCAAGACGCAUCGUUCCUGUGUGUGUGUGUGUGUGUGUGUGUGUGUGUGUGUGUGUGUGUGUGUGUGUGUGUGUGAUCCAGGAGUAUAGUAGAGACGCAGACCCCGCGCUCUGCCUCAUGUUCUGUUGUCUCUGAAAGACGCCCUGUUCUGCUCACAGAUCUGUAUUAUCUGUUUCUAUGCUUCCACAUAAAGACACUUUCUGAAUGACUUCAUAUUGUCUGCUCU